UGCGCCGCCCCUCCGGAGAACCACCGGGCUCCCAAAAGCUCGGGCCAGCGGGCAAAUGGAACGGUUUGCCGCAACCGCCGAGCGUUUUGCGCCGUUCCCCCCAACAAGCCGAGCGAGGAGGCGCCGCCGCCGGGUCUCGACGUCGGCGGGGUGAGGAUCCGGCAUCGGGCUUCCAGUGCUGAUGUGCCUCAGGUGACUCUGCUUCCCUUGGCUCCCGAGGCUCCAAAGAACGCCGAGCCCCGGCGCUGGUCCUUGCAGCACGUGCCGGAGCCGUCGGCGAAUCCGGCGAAGAAGCUCUUUGUUCUCCAGUUGCAGCAGCCGCAGACGAGCGGGGCGGGCGCCGGGGGCGCCUGUAACUUGGGCUUUACCGGGACGAAGGGGGACAGAUUGGUCAGGUACCCUCGGAUCCGGCUGGAAAGGAGCACUUCCCACCCCGUCCAACCACCAGCAGAAGGGAUCGACCCCCCGGCUGACGGGCUGGGCUCGGAGCCGCCCGGAAAGUCAGAAAUAUCGGGCGGCGACUCGGUGGAGCGGAUUCCUCCAGGGCAGGGCUGCUUGUUUCAAAUCAGACCCGAGCAGAAGGCGAGGCAGCAGCGCUUCAGGAUUCUCGUCACCCGCGGGCCCGAGGAGCAGAGUCAGGCGGGCGGCACGGACGGUGCCGGCGCCGCGGUAAGUCCCGGCCGCGGCCGGUGCUGGAACGUCCCGCCUCUGUCAGGCCCGACCCCAGAUCGCCUCUGUUUCUACUCAAACACAGCUUUGCUCUCAGCUGUGGUUCCAUCCAGGUCCUGCUGUCACAUGUUUCUCGGCUCAGCGUCGCGUCGGCCGGAAAGAUCUUUAAAAACCGGAGCGUCCAAAUGGCAAAUUAGGUGGUUGGGUUGAGUUGGGCCGAGGCCUUGGAGCGCCCUGGUUUGAAAAACAAAUAUUUUGGGGUGUGUACCUCCACGUGGAUUGUAGUGCAAGAGUAGCCAAGACCACGGGAAUUUUAGGAGAAUUCCAGUUGAAAUACUGACAGGGAACUGGGUGAAAAAUCAAUCUCUGGGGCAGUCAUUUGAUUUUUCUCC